AUUCAAGGAAUUCCAGACUCCCUACAGCCAGUCAGACUUGCAGUGGCCUUCUGUGAAGAUCGAGUCAGUCAGUAUGGAUAAACUGACGACCUACUUCGACUAUCAAGACACCUUGAUCAACAACGCCGUCUCCGUCGAGAACUACAAACGUGGAUCAUCGCUUCGUUUGAUGGCGCGUCGUUUCCGUCUCAACUACAAGCCCUUCACCUUUAGAUUAAACAUUAACUCCGAGAAGGAAACGAAUGCUGUUAUCAGGGUGUUCCUUGGUCCCUCCUUCGGCGACAUACAGCAGAACUCCGUGUAUUUGUACAAAUACUACAAAUACUUCGUCGAAAUGGACAAGUUCUAUGUGACACUUCGCCCUGGCAGCAACAACAUCCAGCGCAGCAGCUCAGACUUCUUCGUGGUUGCAUCGGAAUCAGCUCGUAGCGACAUGUUCUUCAGUAAGCUAAACAAGGCCAUCAGCGGCAGCGAGCCAUUCGUGUACUCCGAGAAGCCGUUCAGUUUCUUCCACAAGCUCCCUAAAGGCAAACCUGAAGGAAUACCAUUCAAAUUCUUCUUCUUCAUCAGCGAAUACGACGAGGCCAACUCGCAGACCUACGAGUUCCCGAUGUUUGGUAAAGUUUCAUACGACGGCAAACCAUUCGGAUUCCCUCUGGACAGACCCAUGCGCGCUUGGAAUUAUACCAUUCCCAACAUGUACAUGAAGGACGCUUAUAUUUAUCACGCUUACAACUAGGGUAUGAAGCCCUAAAGGAGAGCACACUCGUAGCGAAAGCUGUCUCCAUCGUAGAGAGUUAAUUUGUGACAAAAGAUUCUUUGAAUAAAGA